AUGGCACACCUCGAGCAACCAUCAUCGUCAUGCACAACAGAAGAUACAUGUAACAACAACAGUGAUGAUGACCACAACCAUAAAAUAUUUCCGUUCGCAGCCAUUGUCGGCCAAGAGGAUCUCAAGCUGUGUUUGAUUCUAUGCGCCAUUGACCCAACCAUUGGAGGCGUGCUGAUUCGUGGGGAUAAGGGAACUGCCAAGAGCACUGCUGCUCGCGGUCUGGCUCGUCUGUUGCCACCCAUUCAAGUGCGACUGCGAUCUACUACCGAUGCGUUGGAUCCCUACAAUCGAGCGCCAAUUCAUCAUGCGCAUGAUACGAGCAGCAGCAACAGCAGCAAAGACAUGUACAAGUUGUGCCCAACUCCUUUUGUGGAUUUACCAAUCGGAGCAACCGAAGACAGAGUCUUGGGAUCCCUCAAUGUCGCCGCGACACUCAAGGCCGGUGGAGAACAUGUCUUUUCCCCGGGACUCUUGGCGGCGGCCAAUCGAGGCAUCCUGUACAUUGAUGAAGUCAACCUGCUGCCGCCUCAUUUAGUCGACGUACUGUUGGAUGCAGCAGCCAUGGGAGUCAAUACCAUUCAACGGGAAGGCAUUACUCUAAAACAUGACGCGAAAUUCAUGUUGAUUGGGACCAUGAACCCGGAAGAGGGCGAUUUAAGACCUCAACUCUUGGAUCGCUUUGGCCUCAUGGUGGAUGUUCAGGCUCCGCGAGAUCCAAGGCAACGAUGUGAGGUGGUCCGACAACGGAUCACUUUUGAACGGGAUCCUACACUCUUUCAACAAGCAUGGCAGCAGUCUUCCACAUUACUCACGCAACAGGUGGUUGCUGCCCAAGAACGACUUACAAAGGUCAUUUUGAAAGAUGAAUUGCUGCUUCUCAUUAGCACCAUCUGCACCGAAAUGCACGUGGACAGUCUCAGAGCUGACAUUACGCUUUACAAGACGGCAACCGCAUUAGCAGCUUGGGAAGGCAGACUGCAAGUUGCUCCCGCCGAUAUUAAACAAGCGGCCCAAUGGGUAUUGCCGCACCGCAAACGCAAAAAACCCUUCGAGUCGCCGCAAUCCAAGCAACAAACAGAGGAAAUGUUGGAAGAGUUGAUCAAUAAUCACAACAACAACGACAAUAGUCCACCCGACAAGAGCAAUAUGGAUCAACAAGAACAAGAACAACAGCAACCACAACCGCAAGAACAAAAUGAUAAUCGCGAAGGUACAGGAGACGGAUCAUCCGAGUCAGCGCCGUCAUCGUCUUCUAACAACCAGGACAAGAACACGGAUAACGAUGACAGGAAUGGUGAAGGCAACCAGAUGGAGACAUUUAAGGCUAGCAAACCCGAACAAAUCAAAAGAAUCAAACUAGCCAAGAAACAACAAGGUCAACCAGGAACAGGUCGGCGCAAUACCGUAACAAACUCGCAACAGAACAAGCAGGGGCACUACGUCCGGUCCGUACCAACCGACAAGCCACAAGAUAUUGCCCUCGAUGCAACUCUCAGAGCAGCUGCCGUCAAUGGUCUCGAUCCGGAUACCGGCGCGACGAUUAUCAAACCCGAAAAUUGGAGACGAAAAGUACGCCAUGCCACCACGGAUACCCUCAUUCUGUUCGUGGUGGAUGCAUCGGGGUCCAUGUCUGCCCGACAGCGCAUGGAAACAGUCAAGGGGGCAGUCUGGCUCUUCUCACGGAUGCAUAUCAACAGCGAGACUCUGUGGUGUCAUGCCUUUCGGGGAUAA